AUGUUUUGUUUCUCUUUCAGUCGAUACUGCGAUAUGUUGGAAAAAUGUAACGAGGCCGUGAAAGGAGCACAUAAGUACAUCAAAGACUCGAAAGCACAAGAUUUCCUUAGACAGAACAAGCUGUGCCCACCACCCAAAGGACACUGGACAAUGACUUUCUCAAAAGUGUUCUCUUCAGAAGAUCUUCCUAAAUCAUUCUUUGGCCCACUUCAAUCGAAUGAAUACUGGCUGACCUUCUCCUUCACUGAUGGACGAGACAAGAAACUUGGUUGUGCUCGAUUGUGGGUUGAUGUGUGCAAAUACCAUCUGCAAGACAAAGCGCAAAAAUGUCUACGAGACCCCAACGCUUUCAAGAACUUCAUCAACGAGAUCUCCUCACAGGCCGAACAGAUCAGAAAUAGGGGCUAA